AUGGCUGAAAAAAUCACCGAGGAUCAGGUCAAUGACCUGCUCAAGAUCCUCCGCUCUGAGGCCAGCAUCGAUGCUAAGGUCCAGCAUGUUACUGGCAUCAAGUCCGGCAUCAAGCAGCACAAUGUCCCCGACGUCCUCAUCCCACAAAUCUUUGAUGGCCUCCGUACCGCAUCCGUCUCGCAGCAUGCCGUCCUCGUCAACGCCGGCUUCACAGCCCUGAACCACCUACUUACUAGGUUGUCGAGACAGGAGCCCAAGUACAUUUCCAAGGAGGCAAAGCAUACCCUACCCUUAGUUAUCGACAAGCUAGGCGACCAGAAGGAAAAGUUUAGAGGUCUCGCGUCGCAGGCGCUGACCACGAUGUACGCCGCAGCUCCCAUGGAUGUCGAACGCUCUGUAAGAAAUGUUGCUAUGGUGGGCAAGAAUCCGCGGGCCAAGGAGGCCGGUAUGCACUGGCUUCUGCACAUGCACCAGGAACAUGGUAUGCAAUUCCGUGCCUACGUCCCCACGCUUAUGGAGCUGCUCGAGGACGCCGAUGGCAUGGUGCGCGACGUUGCUAAGAGCACUGUCAUUGAGCUGUUCAGAACCGCACCGAAUACCGCCAAAUCCGACCUUAAAAGACAGCUAAAGAACUUCAAAGUUCGUCCUGCCAUCGAACAAGCCAUUGUUAAGGAGCUUGCACCGAGUGCCUCUUCCGAGCGACCUGAGACUCCUCAUGAGGCCCCCCCACCACCAGUCUCGAAACCGAAGCUCGCUGCCAGCGUAUCCUCCCUUGCGAGCGAACGUCCUGUGACACCCGGCGUUGAACCACGAAGCGAUGUUGAGCCGGCAUAUGUCAACACCCAACGCGAACUAGACGAAAUAUUUAGGGAAAUGAUGUUGUACUUUGAAGGAAAGGAGACUGAACAAAAUUGGUUGAAGCGGGAGGAGAGCGUGACGAAGCUGCGGAAGCUAAUUGCUGGAAACGUCCCGCAAGAUUUCCCUGACGCCUUCAUGCUGGGUCUCAAAGGGCUGCUUGAUGGAAUCAUCAAGGCCGUUAACUCCUUGCGCACCAGUCUUUCCAAGGAGGGGUGCAGCUUGGUACAAGAUAUUGCUGUCACUUUUGGCCCCGGUAUGGACCCGCUGGUAGAGCUCUUGAUGCAGACCUUCAUCAAGCUCUCAGCCGCGACGAAAAAGAUCAGUUCUCAGCUUGCAAACACUACAGUUGACACUAUCAUUGGAAGGGUGACGUACAACUCGCGAAUUAUGCAGCAUAUUUGGCUUGCUUGUCAGGACAAGAACGUCCAGCCCCGAACGUAUGCGACGGGCUGGCUGAAGACCGUCCUGAACAAGGAGGCCCACCAUAAGAGCCAUAUCGAGCACGGUGGUGGGCUGGAAAUGGUAGAAAAGUCCAUCAAGAGGGGCCUAAACGAUGCAAACCCUGGGGUCAGAGAAAGGAUGCGUGCUACCUAUUGGUUGUUUGCCAAGAUCUGGCCUGCCAGAGCUGAGCUGCUUAAAGAUACACUGGACCCAACUGCUCAGAAACUUCUCGACAAGGAUCCCAACAACCCGAAUGCUCCUAAGAGGACGGAGACAGAACGCGCUCGUCCAGGUCUUGGCUUGUCAAAGAGCACCAUGAGCAGCAGCAGGCCAACUCUGCGAGAGACGAUGAUGGCCCAGAAGAAAGCAACAAUGGCGGCUCGAAACCUGCCGCCUCGCCCCGGAUCUGCCAUGGCCAACCUCUCUCCUGUCCGUCCCCAACCGCCAGCAGCUAGCGCAUCAACAGGUUCGGCCGCUCCAGCAAAGACAACAGUGUCCGGUGGCAUGUCUGUCCGGCCUAUGAGACCCACAAAGAAACGGCCAGAAAUGGCUGCCAGACCAGCAACCGCAGGACCGUACUCUGUGAGGACUCACGAUGGGCCCUCUGCCGAGGCACCGAGCCCGGAGAGUCUAAAAUCCAAGGCCACACCCAAGUCAAAGACAGAGGCCUCGCCUCGAAGGGUCGCUCCUCGAACACGACCUGGCCAUGCAUCCCAUGCUAGUGAAUCAAGCGUUGCAUCACCGAGUGCCAAAUCAGUGCUGUCGAAAUCCGUCUCUUCUCCUCGUGCCUCGCCUCGAAAUAGCCCUGCAAAACCCUUGAGAUCUCAUACUUCGAUACCAGCCAGCAGUCCAUCCAAAGACAAUGAAGAUCUCACUCUCGUGGUACCGAACAUUGCAAGUCUGGUAUCGUCGUCGCCCAAGCCUGUUACCGAUGGCAUUCCAUCCUCUGCUGCUCCUGAAGAGCAAGGCGCUCCAGCAGCAGAUGUACAAGCUGCUAUUUCGGUAGAGAUUCCCCUGCCAGCCGAACGUAUGCCAGAACCUACGCCAGAGCCUGAGGUACUGGCUUCGCCAGCGCCCUCGCUCCAACCCCCAGCGGAGAUCAUCCCUGAGACGGCUAUAGAAGCCCCCACGGAAGUCCCCACAGUUAUCCCGGUCGAGCCUCUGGAAGACGACCCUGUCAAAGUCUUACCAGAGGCUCCCGCGGCUGACGCUGUGGAGGCAACGCCAUCUCUAUCUACACCCACUAAGGGGGAUGAGCUGCAGUCCGAUUCAACACCUGUCAACGGACUCAAGGUGUUUGAGGACCCGUUUGUCGAGGAUCAGCAUUCCGAGAAGCCCAGCUUCACCGGCCCGGUGCUUGAGGACAAACCUGUUAACGAAAUUGCCGUACCUGUACCCACCAAUGGGGAUACUAACGGCCCCCCGGAAACGCCUGACAAGGCGCGCCAGACCUCCAGAUUGCUCGAUAGUGGAGUUACCAGAGUCAAAGCCAAGUCUCUGGACGUCCACGGUUUCAGAAAACUCCAGUCCAUUCUGAGGGACAAUAAGGUCUUGUUCACAGACGAUAAGUUCGAGGCGCUUCUACGCGGGCUCUUUGAGUACCUCGAGGCGCCGCUUGCCAACCUUGCGCCAGAGAAGGUUCAGGAUGUGAAGGCCCAGAUCCUCGCGACGAUCAAGCUUCUACUCAAGAAGGAGCGGGACAACUUCCAGCCCCACGUGUCACGCGGCCUGGAGUCCCUUGUAGAGACGCGCAGUGCUUAUGACUCUCGGACACGUAUCGUUAGCGGCCUUGAGCUGCUCGCUGAAGAGCUCGUCGGCCUGGGUGACCCCCCUGAGAUCGUUGUCGUCAUGACAAAGCUUCUGCAGGGCAAGCAGGACAACACGGUCGAGGGCAGCCGCUGCCUCGCUUCAGGUCUACACGUCCUCAAGGAGCUGCUCGAUAAGCGCACGGGCUUUUUGCCCUCGGAGAGUGAACUUGCACAGCUAGCUGGCCUUGCUGGGCGAUGCCUCGAGUCCACGGACUCGGGCGUACGCAUGGGCGCCGUCCAGCUGUGCGUGGCGCUUCAUACACGGAUCGGCGACGGACCGUUCUGGGAGCUCAUCAAAGGCGCCAAGGACGAUCCCAAGAAUCUCAUCACGUACUACAUCGCCAAGAAGCAGCGGGAGAGCAGCGUCGCGGCUUAG